CAAUGAAGUUUUGCAUGAUCAUUCAAAUAUUAUGGCUGAAACUGAGUUUCUGAACAGUUGAAAAUUUAUGGGUUGCAAUUACAUUUCAUUACAAAUUAACAUGAACAUUCUCAUUGACAUACAUGCACGGUUAAUGUUUUUUGCCAAACACACAGCUUUUGUAAAUGCUAAACAUUGAGUGCUUUAUUAUUGUAUUAGUCCACGGUUUAUUUAUGUGCCACAAUUUAAUUGAUAUCAUUUUUAUUCAUUUCAAACUUUUGUUAAAUGUUUUAAAAGAUAUCAUGGAAGGUCUUGAAUCUUCUGAUAAGGCUGCUUGGACAAAGGAAAUGUUGCAUAUAUUUUGUGAUAUAUGCAUUAAGGCAAUUGAUAUGGGAAUGAGACCUAAUACUCAUUUCGAUAAACCGGGGUGGAAAUUUCUUAUAACAUCAUUCAAAGAACAAACUGGGCAUGCAUUUACUAAAACACAAUUGAAAAACAAAUGGGAUGGAUGCAAAAAGGAUUGGAGGAUAUGGAAUAAGCUGGUUUCUGAAACCGGUGUUGGCUGGAAUAGUGAAUUAGGCACAAUUACAGCUAGUGAUGAGUGGUGGAAACAAAAAAUUCAGGUACAUUCCUUGUCAUCGGCACAAUUUAUUUUAUUAUUUUCAAAUUCCAGCCCUAAAAUUUUACUAGUCUUGAUCCUUCAUUACUUUAUUUAAUUUAUAUGCAGGAAAUUAGAGGAGCCAAAAAAUUCAGACAUGUCAGUAUUGAGCCGUCUUUAAAGAAUAAAUUUGACCGAAUGUAUUCCAACAUUGUCGCAACUGGAGCGUUUGCAUGGGCUCCUUCAUCAGAUGUACCUGCUGGCAGUGGUGUUGAUCCUGGUACAAGCAAUGCCGACAUUGCUGAUGAUGGUUUGGAAGAGGGCAGCGGUGAUUCGGAGGAAGAUGUGAUUCCAGAUUUCCAGACUGAUAUGGCUCGAAUGGUUGGAGGGAUACAUAUGUCUAGCAGCACCAAUACAAAAAGCGGCGAGAAAAGAAAAGAACGAGAUCAUUAUGAUGUGCGAGGUAGAAAGAAGAAAACAUCUGGAAUUGGUGUUAAGUUGCUGACAAGGUGCAAUCAUCUACUUGAGAGUAUGUCAACUAAGAGUGAUUCGACGUCUGUUAAUAUGGAUCGUGAAGGCUGUAGUAUUCCCGAGGUCAUGGCUGAGCUGCACUCCAUUCCUGGAGUUUCAGUUGACGAUGAUUUUCAUGACUUCGCUACGGAGUAUCUUAGUCUAAGAAGGAAAAGAGAAAUGUGGUCCAGUAUGGGCGAUAUGCAACAGAAGUUGCGAUGGUUGCAGCGAAUGUAUGAACGAAGUAAACGUGCUUAGCUGACAAGAGUAAUGGGAUGCCGGUUUUUAAAAGAGUAGUUUCCAUUUGCCGAAGUUUGUUCGAGGCAUUGUAUUUGCGGUAAUUGAUGUACUGUUAUAUUUAUUAAACUGCUUUACGGGAUUUAACAGACUUGUAUGAGAAAUUGUUGGUUGUAAUGUUGUAUUUUAUCAAUGAAUUACAAUGUUCAAUGGUUGACAUUUUAAUGGAAUUGGUUGGUAAUUUACCUUAACUGAUUUGUUAACUAUAUAUUUGUAUUUGCUGCCGUGAGGUCUGCUGGGAAUAAUAAUACAUGCUGCUGUGUUUCUUUCCUUAGCUGUACUUUUUUCAAUUUGUUAGCAACUGUUAGAUUAGGCAU